CAUUAAUGUAAUUUUACGCUAGAUUUGACGCAUUUUUUAUUUUAUCCUUCUGUACUUUUUGCUUCGUACAUAUAUUAUGCCAAUUAUUCAAUCCAAUAAAUUGUUUGCAUGUGGAUCUAAUGGCAAUGGACAACUUGGAAUAGGAUCGUUUGAAGAUACUAAUAUUCCCACUGCUUGUAAAUUCUUUAUAACUAAACAAACAGAACAGCAACUUGAGUCGCAAGAAUUUCAGCUAUCACAAAAAACUUUUAACUCGGUUUUAGAAAAUUUAGAUACUAAACCAAAAGUUAUAUCUGGCGGAGGAAAUCAUUCUGCUAUCAUAACAUCAUUUGGAGAAUUAUGGAUGAGCGGACUAAAUGAUGAUGGACAGAGUGGUAUCGCAUCUGAUUCUCUAAAAGAGUCCAAGUUUAAUAAAGUAGAAAUUCUUGAUGAACAUGAGGUAAGACGAUGGGAAUAUGUAACUUGUGGUUGGAAUUUUAGUUUAGCUGUGGAAGAAGAAAAUGGAUACAUUUAUUCAUUCGGCAAAGGAGUUUAUGGAGAGUUGGGAUGUGGUGAGAAUGUGAAAAAGACGGGUGGGAGAGGAGUGAGAAUAAAAGGUGUUGAGGGAGUGGAGAAAGUUGUCUGUGGUUUAAGGCAUGUUGUAUGCUUGAAUAAGGAGGGGAAGUGUUUCGGUUGGGGGAGUAACAAAUAUGGACAAUUAACAAAAUUUGAUAAAGACAAUAAUGAAAAAUCGCAUAAAAAGAAGAAAGAAACAUUAUAUUUUGAACCUGUUAGAAUAUUUCAUGACUUGAAUCUUAGAGUGAUAGAUGUGGCCUGUGGACAAAAUCAUACCGUGGUACUGACAAGUGAUGGAGAACUUUAUACAUUUGGAUUGAAUAAAUAUGGGCAAUUGGGAUAUGAUUUUCCAAAUAAAAUAAAAUUUUCAGAUAUACCUAAAAAAAUUGAUCAUGAAUCAAUUGGAAAAGUUAAGAGUAUACAUUGCGGAUGGAAUAAUACUAUAAUAAUAUGUGAUGAUGAUAAAUUAUUAAUAUGGGGCAGAAAUGAUCAUGGACAGUGUGGAAAGAAUAAUCCUGAGAAUGAGAAUGAUGUGGAUGGGUGGAUGGAUAAGCCUGUUCCUUUAUAUUAUUUGCCACAGAAUUUGAUAUUAAGUGAAGGAUUUGAAAUUGAGGAAUGUGCAUGUGGAUCAGAACACACUUUAAUCAUUUCUAAACAAGGGGAAUGUUUAAGUUGGGGAUGGAAUGAACAUGGAAAUUGUGGAAUUGGAGAUAACGAAAACAGAUGGCAACCCGUAAAAGUAAGGAAAGCAGGGAAUAUUAAGAAGGUUGGGGGAGGAUGCGGAAAUUCUUGGAUUUGGGUGCAAGACGGAUAAUAAGAGCUGCGGCAAAAAAAAUAUAAUUUAGAUGACAGAUUAAUUAUUAUAAUUAUAAUUUAACUAGUUAUAAUUUAAAUUUAAAUGUUCAUAUUUAGUGAUCUUAUUGAUCUUAUCCGAUUAGGUUUACUAUUAAUAAUUUCAUAAAUAGAGUUUUUAGCCGCAACCAAAAUAAUCCAAAUUAAUUUUGUUUCUCAUCGGAAACGAUGGAAGAUGACGUAAUACAAAAUUACAAUUAAUAUAUGUGGGAAUAAAAUACGUUGUCCAAUUAAAUAGUAUAUUAUUAAAAAAAAGCCAUAUUCCAAAGAAGGGAUAUCUGAUUUUCUCUAUGAUCUAUUUUUUUCGGUGAUACGCAACGUAAUCUACGUAAUCUAUCCAUCUCUAAUCUAGAUGGUCUCGAAUGUGA